CAUUUUGUCGUCUCCCUCUCUUUCGCGGCCUGUGCUACCAAUGGCUUCUUCCACCGUGCUCAGAGAUCCAACCCAUCUCUUCAACCCUCCGAAAUUCCGCAGUUUCCUCUCCCACUCGACGCCCCUUUCCUCCCCUUCUUCUCCAUUCUGGAACUCCAACAAAAUCCUUCGGCCUCCUAUACUUCGAACUCUCCCCCCGUCAAGCACCAACAUUGUCAUCAAAUCGAAACUCGGCCACCAGCCGCCGGAAAAAACCUCCGGUGACCUGCCACCCUCCUCGAGGGAGGAGGCCAUCGAGCAGGCGAGGCGUUCCCUCUCCUCCUCCCUCUCCAAGCCCCUCAACAAUCCCCGACUCGCCGGAAAACUCAAGAAACAGCGGCAGCCCAGGUUCCGAGUCGAGAUCCCUGUCCUCGACGAGUCACCGGCAUCCCUUGCCUCCCUCGUCUCCAGCAUCUUCGACGGCAUCUCCCUCAAGCGCAAGGGCUCCUCGGCCAGGAUCCUCAUCCUCUGGCCCGAUACCGUCACGCAGCAGGAAGCGGGCCGGGCGUUCCGAUCCGGUGCGGUUCAGAACGACGUGCUCGGAUCGGCGGAGGGUUUGGCGUGGGGAGACGUGGCCGUGGUGGUAUCUCCCGAAUCGAACCGCUUGGAGGAGAUCGAGGCGAUCUGUGCCGGUUUCGACCCCAAACCGGUGGUGAUGGUCAACCCCAAGUGGGGAGCCGAUGAAGAGAGCGAGCUGGGCCAGCAGGCUGGCGGGUUCGUGGCGUCGUUCGAGGUGGUGUACUCCUUCAUGGGGUUGGAGGUCCGAGGAGUGCUAAGCCGAAGGAAGGGGAUGGUUUUCCGGUACGCCAAGGAUGGUAUUCCGGCCAACGCCCAGUGGGAGGUGCUGGUGGAGGAGGAGGGCGGCGGCGCUGGUGGUGGUGAGCUGAGAAUGGUCACUAGGUUCAAGAAGCGGCCCAGCGUGGUUGAGGUGGAGACCGUUCUAUACAACCUGAUGGCAGCCAAUUCACCGGUCACCAAGUCGGUCAAGUUUGUCAAAGAUGCAGUUUCGCGAGCGUCGGGAUUAUUCAGCAGACGUUAGCAAGCUCGCCGCCGGAUGUCUCGGUUGUAAGAUUAUGUAAACGGGCCGCAGUCCCUGUGAACGACAAGAUCAGUGUGAAACUUUGCAGAGCUAUUUGCAUAUCAAGUUGGGAGAGGAAGUCUGCCGGUCACAGCAUCAACGCUGCCGGAAAAGUGUUGUCUCAUCUCCCCGUAGCAAUUUCAGUUCAAGUUAGGGGGAAAAGAUAAAACUAGUUAUCAUUUUAUUGAGAUCACAUUUUCUGUACUCUGUUUUCAUUUACAAGUUUUGCACAGUCAUAUUUUUAAUGGUCUAUAGUUCACGACC